AAAUUCUACAUUUUGUUGACUGGGAUUCCAGUAGCAAUCGGCAUAACUCUGGUGAAUGUAUUUAUUGGCGAAGCUGAGUUGGCAGAAAUUCCAGAAGGCUAUAUUCCAGAACAUUGGGAAUAUUACAAGCAUCCUAUCUCAAGAUGGAUUGCCCGUAAUUUCUUUGAUAGUCCUGAAAAGAAUUAUGAAAGAACAAUGGCUAUCCUUCAGAUUGAAGCUGAAAAGACUGACUUACGGUUAAAGGAGCUGGAAGUUCGAAGACUAAUGCGUGCUAGGGGCGAUGGACCAUGGUAUCAAUAUCCAACCAUUGAUAAGGAGCUUAUUGAUCAUUCUCCAAAAGCAACUCCUGACAACUGAUCAUUCAUUUCUCCAAAUACAAAGCCUAUUCUCUCAAGUGGAAAAUAAAUUAAUUCAUAGCAGUCUGUAUUUUUGCUCUUGGGUGAAUAAAAGAGCUUCUCCCAUUGUUCUUUUUCUCAGUGUUGGUUCAGAUGAAAGUUUUUGAUUUGGGGGUUUCAACUUCAUUUUUAGAACAUUUAAAAUGUAGUAAUAAAAACUAAAGCUGGGUGUGAUGGCUCACAUCUGUAAUCCAGCUACUCUGGAGGAAGAGAUAGGAGGA